AUGGCGGACGACUCUAUACCGCGAGAGGAGAUAAUCGGGGUUGUGAUUGGGGCCGUUGCCCUGUUUUCGUUGAUCAGCAUGAUUCCUAUCAUGAUCAUGUGGCAUCAUCGACGACGUGCAGCGACGCAGGCAAUGGCUGAGACCCGGGUGCUCCCGCCAUUUUAUCAGGUACCGAUGCAGAAUGUACUCGGCGAACCAAUUUCCGUUGACCGGUGGUUGGAAGAGCAAAACGUACCGGCCUGUGUCCAGCAAUUUGACCAAGAUACUUGCUCUAUAUGUCUCUGCUCCCUAGCGUCUUCUCCAUAUCUGACCUAUCCCGACCCAACCGUUCUGGCCCACGCACAUAAUCCACCUCCACGACUCUGCGCAUGCGGGGCGCAUCACGCUACACCCGAUUCAAUCCUCGUUCUGAACCGCUGCAAUCACGCCUUCCACUUGGAGUGCCUUAAGUCUUGGUUCGAGUACCGUCGUUAUAAGUGCCCGAUCUGCCAAGCUUCAUAUUCGCCAGACGAGGCACGAGGAUAA